GCAGUGAACGCGUGUGGUUUGAACAGUCAUACCACAGACAGGUUUGCCAGACUGAUGCCUCCAAAACUCCCUUGAGGGGGUGUCUCUGCGCGCUCCCGUACCUCCUCGUGUCCACAGUGCGCGCUCCCGCCGGUGACUGUGUUGGGAGCGUUUGAAGCAGCUGUCGGUCGGAUAAGAGCCGUGGGUUGUGGGAGACAUGGGUGUUGUGUGAUUAAAUCUUCUUUUCAUGAAAAGUCUGUGUUGGAUUUCACUUUGCGGCAAAGCUGCCGGCUCUGCAGGACCUCUCGGACGUUUUGCGCUCACGUGUGGCUCAGAGUGUGUUUCCACAGACGAGCAUGCUUUUAUCAUUGUCUUUGUUUGAUAUGAGACGGGAUUAAGGUCUCCGGCAGCGGACGCGACAGCUCACAUUAGUAAAAGGAAGCUAAUUUCGGCUGUAGCCUAACUUUUUUCCACGGGGCAGGGAUGUCUUCGGCUCGGGUGGAUUACAUUGCGCCCUGGUGGACUUACUGGCUUCACAAUUUUCCACAUAUCAACCUGAGAUUUCAGCCCAUUGACAACAGCUUCCAGCCUGAAGAGGAGAACUACCAGCAGUCUCUCAUAUUCCUGGGCUGUGUGGCGGCUGCAGGGCUUGGCCUUAACCUGCUGUGUCUGGCCAUCUACCUGAGCUGUUUGUGCUGCUGCCGCAAAGACGAAGAGGAGGAGAGCAAGAAGCCCAACUCUUGCUGUGUCACUUGGUCCGCCGUUGCUGCUGGCCUCAUCACAUGCGUCGCUGUGGGUGUGGGUUUCUAUGGCAACAGUGAGACCAAUGACGGCGUGUACCAGUUGACCUACUCCCUGUACAAUGCCAAUCACACGCUGGGCGGUGUGGACAGUCUGGUGACUGGCACCAUGGGCAGCAUGAAGAGCAACCUGCACCAGCACCUCGCAAGGCUGGACGAGAUCUUUGCCACGAGGGGCGACUACGUGCAGACCCUGCAGUUCAUGCAGCAGAUGGCCGACAACGUGAUCAAACAACUGCUUGGUUUGCCCGACUGGGAGGAGGCUAAAGUGGACCUGGCAUCCAUCGCUGAUCAAACAGCAAACAUUGAGUACUACAGGUGGCUCACCUACCUGCUGCUCCUCAUUGUGGACCUGAUCAUCUGCCUGCUGGCCUGUCUGGGGCUGGCCAAGCAGUCUCGCUGGCUGCUCACCACGAUGAUGGUGUUCGGAGUGCUGACGCUGGUCCUCAGCUGGACUUCCCUGGGAGCUGACCUGGCCACUGCUGUGGGCACCAGUGAUUUCUGCGUGUCUCCUGACAAGUACCUCCUGAGCCAAACAAAGGGUAUCAUCGGCGCCGAUAUUGUUCAUUACUAUCUUUACUGCAACCAGACUCUCUCCAACCCCUUCCAGCAGCCUUUAACCAUCUUUCAGAGGUCCCUGACCACCAUGCAGAUCCAGAUCCAAGGUCUGCUGCAGUUUGCUGUGCCUCUGUUCCCUACAGCUGAGAGAGACCUCCUGGGUAUCCAGCAUUUGCUCAACUCUUCAGAGGCCAGUCUGCACCAGCUGACCGCCCUGUUGGACUGCAGGGGGCUCAACAAGGACUACCUGGAUGCGAUGGUGGGGGUGUGCUAUGACGGGGUGGAGGGUGUGCUCUACCUCUGCCUCUUCUCCACUCUGGCAGCCUGUGCCUUCACUGUCAUGCUGUGUGCCAUUCCCAGGGCGUGGAGACAAAUUGCCUGCAGGGAACGAGAUUACGACGACAUCGACGAGGAGGAUCCGUUCAACCCGCGGGCGAGGAGGAUAGGCUCUCAGAACCCCAACCUCACCAACAUGCACAGCUUCUGCAGUUACAGCAGCAGCAUGGGCAGCCAGAGCAGCCUACACCCGCCCGCCCCAGCCGUCUCCAACGCCCCCAUGUCUGAGUACAUGAACCACACAGCUCUGUUCGGGGGAACUCCGCGGUACGAGAACGUGCCUCUGAUAGGACGAGGCUCUCCGCCCCCGUCGAUAUACUCUCAGCAGUAUAGAAACAGAUACUCCCCCAGUAUGAGGGCCACCUAUCUGUCCAUGACUGAGGAACAGAGGAGACAGUUUGGGAAUGACUUCCAGGCAUAGAGACUUUCCACAUCUGUACGAAGAGUGGAAACAGCAUGGCACACAAACAUACAGACAAAGGAGCAUCGCAGAGGACGGUUCCAGCCUGUGCAGUCUCAGGACAGUGGGUCCACUUCUGUGCUGUCCUCUCUGUGUCCUACACUCAUAAAUGAUUAAUCACACUUUUCUGUCAUUUGUGGGGGAACUUGCUAAAUAUUCCUGACGUGCACUGUCGGAUUUAACCUGCUCUUAAUACGUGUUGAUGUGCUGGGGGAAAUAAAGGUGUGAGGGCAAAGAUUUGACUGUCUUGCUGAAGAUGAAACUGAAGAUUAAUAACUUUGAUGGAACGCAGGUGAUAGACGCGAUUUUGAGGAUUCACUUGUCAGUGCAGUAAUGCAAAGAAACGUGUUCACAAAAACGUAUAAAAAGAAAAAAAAGAAAAUUUAAAAUUAUUCGUCUCUUCUGUUCAAGGACUCUUUUUUUCCCCAAAAGUUCUUUCAGGUCUCCAAAGAGAAAAUUGCAUAUUAUUUUGUAUGUAUUUGUGAAGCACAAACACAGCACACAGCAGGAGGUUUAUUGAGGUAUAAUUUAUUUACAUUCACCCACAGACAUGCCUGCAAGUGAAGCUUUAUGUGUCCGAAACCUCCCGAAGACGAGACUACCUGGACACCACGGCUUCUGUAUAUAAAUGGUACAAUAACAGACUGUUGUCUCAUUCUGAUGUGGUUUGUUUUGUUUAAACUAUGUGCCAUUUUUAUAUAUUUUUUCUAGUUUCAUGUGGCAAUGCCACAUAGGAUCACUUUUUUGUAUUUUCUAAAAGGGCCAUUAAUUCAUGUUCUCUGGCUAUCUAAUCCAGCUAAUGUAAUUAAAAAAAAAAAAAGAGAGAGUUUCUGCCAUAACCUGGAAACCUGUGCUGCUCUAACUACGAUUACUGAGAACAUCGAGGCAAUUACUUCCAUCAGUUCAAACCAUUCAAAGAGUGCAUUUUUGUAGUAACUAACCAUGACUUUCUGUUGAGAUUUAAUUUUGUUUAUUAUUUUCUGAACUGAUACUUCUUUCAGCAUGUUACAGUGUACAGGCACUGAGAGUGGUGCUUAAUUUUGUGUGUGACCUUAAACUGCAGGGUCUAAAUGUGCGCUGAAUAAAUCGGUUUUGAGUACAACUUGA